AUGCCCUUUGACGCUGUUGGUGCUGCCGUGGCAACUUCAAAAGAUGGAGCGGAUGCUUUGUUCAAUCCCUCAUAUCCCGAUUUCAGCCGUUUCCAUAGUCGCAGAUCGGUUGUGUAUAGCACAAAAGGCAUUGUUGCGGCGUCACAGCCUCUUGCUGCGCAAGCUGGCCUGGACAUUUUGAAAGCGGGUGGCAAUGCGGUUGAUGCAGCGAUAGCCACCGCGGCUGCCCUCGGCGUAACAGAGCCAAACUCGACUGGUGUAGGAGGAGAUAUGUUCAUGAUAUAUUGGGAUGAGGAGAAGAAGAAAGCUUUUGCAAUGAACGGAUCAGGUCGCUCGCCAGCCGCGUUAACAAUUGACAAGUGUCGCGAAAUAGGCUUGAGCGGGAAUUUACUGCCGCCCCAGCAUGCAAACUCAGUUACAGUUCCUGGCCAAGUUGCCGGAUGGUUUGAUGCAAUGGAUACCUACGGCAGCGGUAAAGUCACGAUGGACCAGAUUCUGAAACCGUCUAUAGAACUCUGUGAGGACGGUUUCCCAGUGUCCGAAAUCACAGCCCGACACUGGAUAGAGUGUGAGGGGUUACUGAAAAAGUCGUCUCCAAACGGCGGCGAAGUUCUCUUGGCAGGCGGCAAAGCUCCGAGAGCAGGGCAUGUCUUCAAAAACCCCAAUCUCGCCAAGGUGCUUCGAGAAAUUGCUUCCAAAGGCAAAGCAGGAUUUUAUGAGGGGUGGGUUGCAGAGUCUAUUGCGGACACUCUCCAGAAACUCCAGGGUGUUAUGACGACUCAAGACUUGAAAGACCAUACGACCACCUUUGUUGAACCAAUAUCUCAGGCUUACAACGAGUAUAAGCUAUGGGAGUGUCCGCCUAAUGGUCAGGGUAUCAUAGCUCUGGAGGCGUUGGGGAUUAUCAAGAGCCUAGAGAAGGAAGAGAAGAUUCCUCCUCUCAAGAGUCUACAGCAUAACUCUAUUGAGUAUGUUCAUACUAUUAUAGAAGCUCUGAGGUAUGCAUUUGCCGAUGGAGAUGCGUAUGUCUCGGAUCCAGAGCAUUCCGGGCCAAUUUGGAAAAGUCUACUCAGCGAGAAAUACCUCGCUGAGCGAGCGUCUUGCUUCAAAUUGGAUGCCGUUGAUACAACCUUGAAGCACGGGUUCCCCAAAAACGCUUCAGAUACCGUCUAUCUCACUACGUCUGACUCGGAAGGUAAUGCAUGCAGCUUCAUCUGCUCACUUGCUUCCAACUUUGGCGGCGGAAUUGUUCCGAAAGGCUGUGGCUUCGCCCUACAGAAUCGAGGAACACAGUUCCAGCUGCGUGAGGGACACGUAAAUACGCUCAGGCCCCGCAAGCGACCAUAUCACACCAUCAUUCCAGCCAUGGUAACGAAGAAUGACCGUCUCGAUCUCUCCUUUGGUGUGAUGGGCGGCUUCAUGCAGCCACAAGGCCACUUGCAAGUAAUGCUCAACUCGUGUGUCUUUGGCUUCAACGCUCAAGAUGCUCUGGAUGCUCCAAGAGUGUGCAUCCGACCGUCACGCACGUUGCCUGAGUAUGCAACGGCUGGCGACUAUUCUAAAUUGACACAAAAGUCUAUGAUAUGUUUAGAAGAAGGAUUCCCGGAAGAGACAGUUGAGGGUUUGCGCAAACUAGGACAUGAGGUAGAGCUGAUAACCGGAUGGAAUCGUGACCUAUUUGGCCGAGGACAAGUCAUCCAAGCAAAUUACGAUCCAAGUGGCCAGAGAGUCUACAACGGAGGAAGUGAUCUACGCAGUGAUGGACAUGCGGUUGCUUGGUAA